GCUUUUCGUACCGCCUAGCAUUCUACGAGUGAACUCAGAUCUGACAACACCCCAAACAGUAAACAAAAUAAAAUAUAUUCAAAAUGUGCAUUUUCAUCGAUUGUUUAUUGAGCCCCAUAAUACUGUGGCCAGCUAUCAUUGGCGUGGGUAUCUACCUCUUGAAGGAAUAUAUGCAGGGAGGGCAAUUCACAAAGGAUACCGAUGAGACUGGAAAAGUGUUUAUUGUUACGGGAGCCAACACCGGUAUUGGCAAGGAGACAGCUCUGGAGAUUGCCAAGCGCGGAGGAACCGUGUACAUGGCCUGCAGGGAUAUGAACCGAUGUGACAGGGCCCGCAAUGACAUCAUAAAAGAGACGAAUAACCAGAAUGUAUUCUCCCGGGAACUUGAUUUGAGUUCCUUGGAAUCCAUCCGUCAAUUUGUGGUUGGUUUCAAGAAAGAGCAGAAUAAGCUAGAUGUCCUGAUCAACAAUGCCGGCGUGAUGCGCUGCCCCAAGAUGUUAACCAAGGACGGCUUCGAACUGCAAUUGGGUGUCAACCACAUUGGACACUUUCUGCUGACUAACCUCUUGCUCGAUGUGCUGAAGAAAUCGGCUCCUAGUCGCAUUGUCGUCGUUUCCAGUCUGGCCCAUACGCGGGGCGCUAUUAACGUGGAUGACCUAAACAGCGAGAAGUCCUAUCAUGAGGGCCUAGCCUACAGCCAGAGUAAAUUAGCCAACGUCCUGUUCACCCGAGAACUGGCCAAGCGCUUGGAGGGUAGUGGUGUUACAGUCAACUCCCUGCAUCCCGGUGUUGUGGACACGGAACUGGCGAGGAACUGGGCCUUCUUCCAGACCAACUUCGUGAAAUUCUUUUUGAAGCCUAUGAUUUGGCCGCUUUUGAAGACACCGAAAAGUGGAGCCCAGACCUCAAUUUAUGCUGCUCUGGAUCCGGAACUGAAGGAUGUCACUGGCUUGUACUUCAGCGACUGCAAGCCAAAGGCUGUGGCCCCCGCUGCCUUGGACGAUAAGGUUGGAAAGUUCCUGUGGGCCGAGAGCGAGAAGUGGACAGGUUUGGCUAGUCCUGCAACCAAAGACUGAGCAAGCGCGAAGAUAAAGUGUAUUAUGUAAAAAAUACCGAGUAGGGUUAGAACAAGCGGUUUAAUCUUUAAUACUAGCUGCUUUUCGCGAAUGGAUUAAUAAAUAAAUACAUAUUUUCCUAGCUUUCAUAAA